AUGAUUGAGAAGAGAGCAGCUCCAGAUAUGGCGUCGUUUACCGCUGCUGAAGCCAUAGCAGAGUUGAAACACGCUCUCUAUCGCAAAGAAAUAGAGUUUCUUGAUCUGAAAUGCACUUACCUUUCUACAAGGUUAAAGUCAUCAAGUGAAUCUCUCAAAAAUGCAAAGCUCUCAACAGAAAUCGCUUUGUUGAAUGACAAGAAUGAGAAGAUGGAGGGAAUACUGGAAUCGACUAAAAGGCGGCUACAGACCUGCGAGCUACAAUUACUCGAAGCGAAAAGUUUGCAAAGUAAACUUAGAGAAGAUCUACUUCGGGAGAGAGAACAGCUAAGGAUGUCAAAGAAAAAAGAAAGUGAAUUGGAAAAUUAUGUGAAGGGACUCGAACGAGAGCUGCGUGAUCUCCGUGCUGUGAGGGAAACAACUCCCAAAAAUUGUUUGCGCCCUCGCAAAAACGCUACAACUUACCAGUGUAUGGGAAAAUCACGAGAAAAUGCGGAUGCGGGAGAAGCAUUGCCAAAAAUAAAAACAAGAAGACCUUUGAUGGACAGGACGAAUGUCUCUCAAAAAGAUGCGGAUUCUGCCGAUUCGAAGGACGAAAAGCAAUGA